GAUAACAAAAGUUGUGAUAAUGGAAAAUAAAAAAAAAACUUGAAAAUAUGAUUUCGUUUCUGUAAAAUUUCGUUAUGAAUUGCUUUAAAAAUUGUAAAAUUAUGUUUAUCUUUAUAUUCCUAUGUAUACUGUUCACGACAUCAGCCGACGAUGUUCGGAGGAAUGCGAUAAAUUGUAGCAAACUGAAGAUGGGUCAAUUCAUCUGUCCUGAUCCUACGUAUGAUCUCAUAGAUCCAAAAACACAGCAGCCCAGAGGAUGUACCGAUAAAAAUAUAGCUCGUGUACCUUGCAUAGUACCCGAAGGCAUCAUUUGUAAUGAAACGAGUAAUUCUACGUUUUUCGUUGAUAUGCCUUGCAGAUGGACAAAUGGCUACAAUUUUGAAACCACCCUUUUGUUGUCCAUCUUCCUCGGUAUGUUCGGCGUUGACAGAUUCUAUCUUGGAUACCCUGCUCUUGGAUUAUUGAAAUUUUGCACUUUGGGUUUUCUAUUCAUCGGUCAACUAGUCGACGUGGUUUUAAUAGCAACGCAAACCGUUGGUCCGGCAGAUGGAUCGUAUUAUAUUAUACCGUAUUAUGGACCCAAAUUAGAAAUACUUCGCAGCAAUAACGAAACGUUCAGAGUACCGCAGCAAGAUUGGGGACAGCAAAAAGAGUUGUAAUUGUGUUUGCGUGUGAAAAAUGUUUACCGAGUGUUUCUUACUCCUUUUUAUCUCUCUGUGAUAUUGUUGAAACUAUUUAGUAGUCAAGCAUUUGUUUUUCCGGUUUUUCUUAUUCGAUAUGAUUGUAAUUUCAACGAGCAUUGUUGAAUAAUCUAAAGGAUGUUGUUUCGUUUUGUAAAUUCUGUGAAGUUGCUUGAUUUUUGCUAUCGUUAUCUUCCAUCGAGUUACUUAUUCCAAUUUUUCACCAUAUUUUGAUAUCGUUGUAGUAAUUUAUCAUGUUUUUUCAAUUUCCGAAAUAGAACGAGCAUUGAUUAUUCAAAUUGAAAUACGCGAAAUUCAUUGCGUCAAAAUUUUUAUCUGGUGUAUUUCGUUUUUCAAGGUUUUAAUUGUAACAUUUCAAAAUUCGAAUUCUCUAGGUUUUUUUUCGUUUACCAAACCACCAGGUGUGUUUUCAUUUGUGAUUCGUUUACAGUUACGGUUCAAGGAAAACUGACGAAAUGAGCUUAGUGGUUUGAAUGUGUUGUACUACAUCUAAUGUGAUGUUCUGUGUUCGGAAUAUUUUCCUAAAAUGUGAUUCCUAAUGAAAUGUUAUUUAUAAUAAAUACGAAAAAUAGA